AUUUCUGGGGAUGGGAGGGAGAGGAGCUGGGGGUCAAGACGCAUGCGCAGCUUUUUAUUGGGCCCCCCCCAUCACGCACGCCCCGCCCCUGCUCGAGCGAUUCGCCUCUUGCGAAGCCCCGCCCCUUUGCCUCCGAGGCUUGGUGGAAGGAGGCCAAGGCGCGUGCGCAGACACUGGACAAGGUGUCCAUAGCAACCAGGGACGCUGACCAGCCUGGCCGUUGAGUUGCAGACUUCCCUGCCGCUCUUCCCCUCUGUCUGCGACCCUGCAGCCCCGCUGCCCCUGCCAGCCCUGUGAGUGGGCUUUGGGGCGGCCCUCUCCGAGCCUCAGGCCCCCAAGAGCCCCCGAAGUAAACUUCCAGAGAGGCUGGAGGGCUUCGCCACCAUCCGCCUGUCAAGUGGUUCUCGAAGCGCUUUCUACUCCUUGCGCCAGCGCGCCGGGCGUGCAGUAGGUGCUUAAUAAAGAUGUUCCAUGGAAGAGAGCCAGAAGAAAAAGGAACUAGCUCUCAAAACCCAGAUGAGAACAGUGAAAACCAGUUAAAUGAUGUGCAAGAUUUUAUUUUUUUAAAUUGCCAUGGAUUGCAUUUAUAUGCACUGGAAGAUUCCCAAUGCUAUAGCUCACUUAAAAUAUGUAUUUUGUCCAAGAAUUUUAUUAUAGAUAUGUCUCCACUUAAGAAUUGUACACAAUUAAUUAAAUUGGAUCUUCAUUCAAAUCAGAUAAGAAUUGUACCAGAUGGGACAUUUUGGAGUGCAAUGAAGCAAUUAAAACUUCUAUAUCUCCAUGAUAAUUCAUUUGUAAAACUAAAGAAUGUGUGUUCGUUAUCGGCCUGCCCGAACCUGAUUGCCCUCACUCUGUACGACUGCCCAGUGAGCCUAAAAAAAGGUUAUAGACAUGUGAUAGUUAAUAGUAUAUGGUCACUCAAAAUCCUGGACAAUUUUGUGGUUUCUGAUGAAGAAAUAAUAGAGAAUUGGGAACUUCCUGAAAGAUUCAAAACACUUAGCAAACACCUUUUCUGUGAUAUCACUCCAGUACUGGUAAAGGGGUCAAACUAUGAGAAAGAGCUGUUCCAGAUGAAUUACGUUAUUUCAAAAAUAAAUAGAGUUGUUGCCCACAAUUCACCAGUUGUGAUACUCCAGAGAUGGAUUCGUGGACAUUUGACUAGAAGACUGUGGAAAAAAAAUUAUCUCAAAUUGUUACAAAGAAAAAUCCUUUCUGACAAAGUUAGAAAGGUGCUAAAGAAGGAUGAGGAAAAAGCUAUAGUCAAGGAAGAGCAGAAAUUGAAUGAAGAGAAUGAAGAAGAAAAGCCCAGUAUGCCCGAAGACAAGCCACAGCAACAGUUGCCAUGUCAAGUUACUUCUCAAGCUACUCAAACUGAUCAUCCCCAACGGCGUUGGUCAAUCUGAUGCUUAUUUCCCAGAAACCCACGUUUUUCUUCAUUUGUGUGAAACUGGGCUUCAGUGCUCCUCAGUUCAUUUGGUUUUAGCCUUCCUUAGCCCCUUGUCAUCUCAUCCAAUGUGUAUGUGCCAGCCAUCUUCUAUCUUCCAUAGUCUCUUCUAAUCAGUGUGAUGGUGAGCUAAAUUAAAGGAAAAAGUACUUUAGGAUUAGUCACUUGGCUCUGUUUUAUGACUAUACUGUUGGUUAUUGUGCCUUCAUAUUGAAUGUUAAUUAUGGUUUUUCAAUGUGACUGAUGCUCCUAGAGAAGUGAUAUUUCUAUUACAUCGGAGAUUCACAGUCAGGUUUCAUUUACAGGCACUGUGGUACUCAAGACUUGGCCCUUUCCCUUAUGCAGCUUCUAAUCAGUGGAGGAAACAAGAUGUACACAUUUGAAAUAAUUAAGACAACAUUCAUUUAAGUGCCAUUCUGUGUGGUUCAGAUAAUAAAGUACUCAUCAGAGUAGAUGAAGAAAAGAUUGUGUGUGUGUGUAUGUAUGUGUGUAAAUAGGAGUGAGUGCAUACAUGUAUGUGUAGAUUUCUGCCAGAAAAAGGGGUAACUGAUCCUAAAGAGAACCUGGUCUGAAUGGGCAGAAGAGACCCUUGGGCCUUUGGGUUUUCUCAGAGGCUGGCCGUUAAAUGUUGUCAUUGGAUCAAGAAUAUUUAGAAACAGAAGUUAAAAAAAAAUGGAAUUUUUUUUUCAUUGCCAAGAUUAUUCCUUUCAGAGAGCUUUGAUUAUAUGAAUUUCUUCCUUAUGUUAGUGCAAAAUAUAUUCCACUAUAGAUCCUGCCUACUAUUUUUAUUUCCUUUCAAUGGGUUCAGAUAAAAUAGACUCAUCCAAAUUUUAUGUGGCCAUUAGUUAGAUAUUAGAUGAUAGAUAAAUUAGAUGAUUAGAUAGCAAGUUAGAUCACUUGCGGUGAUUUUUUUUUUUUCUUCUCCAUUGCCUAUGGCGUGGUUUUGGGAGUCCCUACUGUCCUUGCCUUCUCCUACAUGUAAUCACUUUUGUCAUGCCCUUUUUCAUCUAAAUAUGACAGCAAGAUCUGAACUCAAGUCUUCCGAUGUCACCUGAACAGAGCUGAGUGCUAUAGAACAGAUGCUUCCCUUUCUUUUAAGUGAGAUGACAUUGCCUUUUGUUUUAUGCCUGAUUCCUGUGAAAUGAGCAGUAUUUGAGACAGAGGUGGGCAAUGAAUACUUGGUGCAUGCUUGCCAGUAAACCCCAUGACUUAUAUUUUUGCACGGACUUCUUUACUCUUUCCACACAUUUCUAUAUUUUUCCAUUAGAUUCUUUUUGAAUUCAUUUAUUUAUAUUCCUUAGCAAAUUUUAUCUUGUUAGGUUGGACUUCAGGCAGACUCUU